CAGGCUUGGCAGCACAAGGAACUGAGAAGAAACAUUAGGCUACUUCGUGAAAUCACUGGGACACCUAAUUUAACCCUGGAACUCUGCAAAACAAACGAGUAUCUAUGAAAGCGACAAAGCCCAAAGAAGACAAGGAUGCAAGCAAGGAGCCCCAGCUGAAGGGGAUCGUGACCAAGCUGAACAGCCGGCAGGGCUUCCAUCUCCAGCUACAAGCUGAUGGGACCAUCGAUGGCACAAAAGAGGAGGACAACAGUUAUGCUGUGUUCAACCUCAUUCCAGUUGGGCUUCGAGUUGUGGCCAUUCAAGGAGUGCAGACCAAGCUGUACCUGGCCAUGAACAAUGAGGGCUUUCUUUACACCUCAGAACACUUCACACCGGAGUGCAAGUUCAAGGAGUCUGUUUUUGAGAACUAUUACGUGACUUACUCCUCCAUGAUCUACCGGCAGCAGCAGUCUGGUCGGGGCUGGUACCUGGGCUUGAACAAGGAGGGCCAGAUCAUGAAAGGGAACCACGUGAAGAAGAACAAGCCGGCCGCACACUUCAUCCCCAAACCUCUCAAGGUGGCCCUGUACAGAGAGCCGUCCCUUCACGAUCUCACCGAGUUCUCGCGCUCGGGCAGCGGCACACCCACGAAGAGCCGAAGCGCGUCGGCCAUGUUGAACGGCGGCAAAACGCUGAGUCAUCACGAGUCGACAUAACCACGGCGACGCGGCCUCAGAGUCCCCCCUGCACCGGCCAGAAGACACACGCGGGACUUCCUGCUGAUACGUACCAUCCGACCAAUCAGCACAAAGCAGACACAAGAGACGGACAUCUCCAAGAAAAAAAAGGCUACUGAUUAAGCUCCUGAGAUCACUGUGAU